AUGCCUUCUGCAGGAAACCUGUCCAAAUGGGCCAAAAUGGGCGGUCGCAAGUCGAGCGUCAAAUCUGAAGAGCCCUCGGUCACUGAACAGCAGGUUCCCGAUAGUCCACCUGCAGACCCUAGUGCCGAUGGCCCGACUGGGCUAAAGCUACUUGCGAUUACACUCGGGUUAUGCUUGACGCUAUUCCUAGUUGGCCUGGAUAACAUCAUCAUAUCCACGGCUAUACCACGAAUCACUGACGAGUUCCAUUCCAUCAACGAUAUCGGCUGGUACGGGAGCGCCUACUUGCUCACGACGUGCACAUUUCAGCUCACUUUCGGGAAACUGUAUACCCUCUUCUCCAUCAAGACUACAUACCUUGUCUCAAUCUUCAUCUUUGAAGUUGGAUCAGCGAUAUGUGGUGCAGCUCCACAGUCCGCCGUCCUGAUCGUCGGAAGAGCCAUUGCUGGCGUCGGCUGUUCGGGGAUUCUGGCCGGAACCUUUACCAUUAUCGCCGUCAUCGUGCCGUUGCCCAAGAGACCUGCCUACACAGGACUUGUGGGCGGGGUCUACGCGAUUGCUUCAGUGGUUGGGCCACUUCUUGGAGGCGCCUUCACAGACAAAGUGACGUGGAGGUGGUGUUUUUACAUCAACCUACCUAUCGGCGCCGUUUCUCUGGCUAUCAUGAUCUUCGUCUUCAAGUCACCGCCACGGCCAGACUCUGACAAAGACCUGACUUUGGUGGAGAAGUUCCUUCAGGUGGACCCCCUAGGCACAGUUGCGCUGAUGCCGGCCGUCAUCUGCUUGCUUCUCGCUCUUCAAUGGGGCGGAACCGUCUAUCCAUGGAGCGACGCGAGAGUGAUCGUGCUCUUCGUGCUAUUCGGAGUUCUUUCUAUCGUGUUCGUCUUCAUCCAGAUUCAUAACGGCGCAAACGCCACUUUGCCCAUCACCGUCAUCUCUCAGAGGAGCGUUGCAGCGGCUUGUUGGUUCUCAGUGUGCACAGCCGGGGCCGACUUCACUCUUCGACAAUACAUCCCAAUCUGGUUCCAGGCGAUCAAAGGAGUUUCGGCGGUCGAUUCUGGUCUGAUGAACCUGGCACUCAUUCUGGCCACAGCCCUCGCCUCAAUCGUCAGCGGUAUCGGUAUUACCAAGAUUGGAUACUAUAACCCUUUCAUGAUAGCGGCUACGCUGUUCAUGUCGGUCGGCGCUGGACUGCUCACAACGUGGAAGCCCGAUGUCUCUUCCAGAGACUGGAUUGGAUACCAGGUUCUUUACGGAUUGGGCUCCGGCCAGAGCAUGCAGACGCCAUUGAUGGUAGUCCAGACCGUCCUUCCAAUGGCCGAAAUCCCACUCGGCACAGCUCUUGUAAUGUUCUUGCAAACAUUCGGAGGAGCCAUUUUCAUCUCGGUGGCGCAGAACGUUUUCACGAAUGAGCUGCGCAAUGGAUUGGCGAAAGACUUCCCAAAUCUUAACGCGACAGCCAUCGUUGACGGAGGAGCCACAAGUAUAAGAUUGCCAGGCGUACUACCUGAUGGGAUGCUUGAGCCUGUCCUUCGUCUUUACAGCAAGUCUCUGACAAAUUCCUGGUAUGUCGCUCUGGGACUGGCAUCUGCAAGUAUCGCAGGAAGUACUCUAGUCCAGUGGAAGAGUGUGAAAAGUACGGAGACACCUCCUCCUGCCGAAGGAGAUGGCAAGGACAAGAUGAGUGGAGCGGCGGACGCGAUGGAGAUGAAACAACAGGACCUCAGCCCCACCGAUUCCAACGCAAAUGAUGUGUUCAAUAAGCGAAACGAUGCUGUCUGA